UGUACGCCUGGCUUUUUCUCAACCACAAACCUAACAAGGAAAAAAUCCUGUAAACGUACUAAAAGCAUUUUUCCCACAGAGAAGAAAGAAACCUCCGGUUGGAAAGACAUUUUCUCGCACAGUACAUCUCUUUUGGGAUUUGAGGUGGAGUUAUGGAAAAGAUGAAGUUCACCAGUUCGUCCUUGGAGAAUGUUUUCCUCUAUUUCUCUAUUUCUUUGCUGUUAAUUAUUCCGUGCCUACGUCUAUGCAAGGCAGCGGAUACGUUUUGCAACAGCACAGGCAAGAUCAGAGAGGGAAGUAAAAUGGAGCAAAACAGAAAUAUAGUUGUCGAUAAUCUUGUCCACCACGCAUUUCAAUCUGGCGGUUUCAAUACUAGUGUCUCUGGGCAAAGCCCAAAUCACAUUUACGGCCUUCUUCAAUGCAGGGGAGAUUUGACAGCUGAGAAAUGCUACGCUUGCUCGAUGGAGAUAAAUUCCACGGUACUAAGAUUGUGUGCACAUGAGGCACACGCAGUAGUUUUCUUUAACGACAAGUGCUACCUGCGCUAUGAUACUUCCAAUUUCAUUGGAAAACUGGAUAACACCACCGAGCUAUACCGUAUAAAUGGUGAGAACGCCACAAAUCCUGCUGCCUUUAGUUUGGCCAUUAAGCAACUCUUCUCCAAUUUGUUGGCUAAAGUGGGCGAGUCGUCUAUUCUAUAUGCCUCUGGUUUCACUUCUGGGUAUUCCCAGAUUACCAAGAUUUAUGGUCUCAUUCAGUGUGAAAGAGAUAUUUCUGGUGAGGAUUGCAAAGCAUGUUUGGCCAGGGGAAUUGGUGGUCUGGUGAAUAAGAGUGAAGGAGGAUAUCGUCUUGGAGGUGUGGGUUGGUUUGGAACUUGCUUGGCUAUCUAUCAAAAUUAUCCUUUCUAUGAUUCUGCAUCACCACCUCCAUCAUCAACAAUUUUACCUUCAUCAAAAGAGUCUUCAAACAAAAUACCCAUAAUUCUGGGUUCUCUUGGUGGCUUCAUAAUCCUCGUGUUGUUGGUAGGAGGGCUGCUUACUAUGCGCAGAAAAUUGAAGCCUGCAAAAUAUGGGGAGGGUGGAUUCCAAGGUAUUGAAUUAGGAGGUGAAGUAGACUGGCCCUUUGAUCUGCAUCAUCAAAUAAUAUUUAAUUUGAAAACGUUAACAGCUGCAACUAGAGAUUUCCAUGAGGAUAACAAGCUUGGAGAGGGUGGAUUUGGCGCUGUGUUCAAGGGCACUAUGCCUGAUGGAAGAGAGAUAGCAGUCAAGAAGCUGUCCCUACAAUCUUCACAAGGAAAGAAAGAAUUCGAAAAUGAGGUCAAGCUGUUGGCCAAGAUUCAACAUCAAAAUCUUGUAAAUCUUCUUGGAUGUUGCACAAAAGGAUCAGAAAGUUUGCUUGUUUAUGAAUACUUAGUUAACAACAGCCUUGACAAAAUACUAUUCGAUCCACAACGGAGUGGAGAGCUAGAUUGGCAGAAGCGUUUCAACAUCAUAAUUGGAGUAGCUCGUGGGCUUUUGUUCUUACACAAUGAUUCUCAUCCGCGAAUAAUUCAUCGCGACAUGAAAGCAAGUAAUAUUUUGCUAGAUGAACAAAUGAAUCCCAAAAUAGCAGACUUUGGGAUAGCACGAUUGUUUCCAGAAGAUGAGACUCAUGUUAGCACACGAGUUGCUGGAACAUAUGGUUAUUUGGCACCAGAGUAUGCCAUGCAUGGUCAGUUGUCUGACAAAACUGAUGUGUAUAGCUUCGGUGUUGUACUUUUGGAAAUUGUAAGUGGAAGAAAGAAUACAGAUUCUCAACUUUCUGAUGGAGUCCAAGGCCUUCUAGAAUUGGCAUGGGAAUGUUACAGCGGAGGAAAUAGUGUGGAUGUAAUUGAUAAAAGUAUAGUUGAAAACUGCCCAAUGGAGGAAUGUUUUAGAUGCAUUCAUGUGGGUCUACUUUGUACACAAGCAGAGGCGUCUCUUCGUCCACCAAUGUUUACCAUCUACUCAAUGCUUUCAAAAUUUUCCAUCACCAACUUACCAAAUCCCACAAAGCCAGCGUUUGUAAAUGCUACACAAUGAAUAAACCUACAUCUAGAUCUUAGAAACACUUCUCCAUCAAUUUCAUCUGCUUCGUCUCCUAGCUAUGCUUCCAUGAUAAUUACAUUGGCUAUUUGGGAUCUAUGGUUAUGGCCAAUGGAGGGGAUGAACAAUGACUACAACAUUUUAAACUUCUUACAGUAGGCUUAAUCACUUUUUUUAUUCAAGAAUUAUUAAAAGCUUUAUAAUUGUUGGUGUUAAUAUUUUUCCUUAAUAUAUAUUUUCAUCUGAAAAA